UCAAUGGGGGGUUGAUGACAAAGAGUUAGUGACUGCGGUCGGAUUGCGUUGUUGUGUAAUACUGCUUGGAGUUUUUCUACCAGUGGGUUCUAAGUGCAUUGUUGAUUGAGCGCGUUGGUUCAGUUUACGGGCGACUCGAGUCCAACUUGUUUUUGCCACCCUGCAUUUUCAUUGUAGUCUUUUAACUAUUUUAUUCUACUUAAUUUUACCUUGAUUAUUGAUUAUUAAUAAUUAAUUGAUCUAGUUAAAUAAAAGAAAGGGAAACUAAUCAAAUAAUUAUAUACAAUCAAACAAUUAUUUAACCGGAAUAACCGGAAAAUAACCUACAAUACUAUUUCUGUAAUUCUUUUUUAAAAAAAAAUAUAUAUAUAUAAUAAUUAUAUCUGGCAUAAUGGCAGGCCACCUCAUGGCCCCCUUGGUAGUACUCCUAUUUGCUCUACAUCUCCAGAAUUUCUUAUUACGGUGGCAGAGCCCACUAAUUGAGUCUAAGGCCGGACCCUUCAUUUCACCAGCACUUUUUGAAAUGAGCCUGGACAAAGUUAAAAUUUUCAUGAACAAUAUUCAUCCCAAUCGUAGAAAAUUGAUCGCUACAUAAGGAGUAACCCAAGCUCACUCGCCUUUCGCCUACUCAUUCUUAGUGGGGACAUCCCUCUCAAUCCUGGUCCCACCUACCGGUAUCCCUGUGGAGCAUGCUCAAAACCAGUUAAAUGCAACCAGAAGGGUAUUCAGUGCGACUACUGCGAUGCAUGGUAUCACACAAAAUGCUGUCCAAUAAGCAAUGAAAGUUACAAUACACUUGUUAACAGUUCUUGUUCUUGGAUCUGCUGUGCCUGUGAUGUGGCCAAUUUCUCAAAGUCAUCAAAUGGUCCUGACAUUCCUGAUGACAAUUAUUAUUUAUCUUUAUCAACAUCAGUACAAUCAUCCGGCUCAGAAUCGCCCCAGCCACUAACAUCCUCCCCCAGGCAAAGAUCUCCUGCAUCAAAUAAAAUGAAAGACCCCCACAAAUUGAGAAUGUUAACACUGAAUGCUUGUAGCUUAAAGGGUAAAGAUAAACGCCUUGAAUUUCAAAGCCUGAUUGACAACUACAAACCUGAUAUUGUUAAUGUAAAUGAGACCCACAUUAAUGACACUGUCUUUUCGGCUGAAAUUCUGGAGAAAGGUUACACCAUUUUUCGUAAGGAUAGAAACGAAUUUGGUGGAGGGGUGUUGUCUGCUUUCUCCAACCAUCUUGUGGUGACUCACGAGGGGCAAAUGGAUGGUAAUUAUGAAGGCAUCUGGUCAAAGAUAAAUAUUGCAGGAAGCAAAUCACUUUUUGUUGGCUCAGUCUAUAGGACCCCAGACUCAAAUGUUGACCCCCUUGUAGCUCUCGAUGGUGCAUUAUGCAAGCUGGUUAAAAAUCCAAUUCCAAACAUCCUCAUUACCGGUGACCUGAACCUGCCUAGUAUAUCAUGGGAAGAUGAUAACUACGCUGUAAGACCUAAUCCUACUUAUGGGCUUGAAGUAAACCACAAGUUUUUGGACAUUGUGAACGACCACUCACUGACUCAACAUGUUAUGGAGCCAACUAGAGGGGAGAACACCCUCGAUCUUGUUCUCACCACUUGCCCAGAGAUGGUAUUAGACCUAGUGGUUGAGCCCGGCAUGAGUGAUCAUGAUCUGGUGCUAUUUGAUCUAAACUUGAAGCCCUCUUUCAACAAGAAAAAGCCUCGUAAAGUAUUUGUAUUUAAGAAAAGUAACAUGGGGGCAGUGAAAACUGACCUUAAAAAACAUCUUGAUAAUUACUUCAACAAUGAGGCCUAUCAUAAAUUGAUCAAUGAAACUAUGAUUUCUUUAAAACCACAAUCACUGAGAUCAUGAAAAAACAUAUCCCACAAAAAAACAUCAGUGGUAGAUUGAACUUGCCAUGGAUCACUAGUUCCAUUAAAAGGUUAAUCCGAAAAAAGCAACGUCUAUAUAACCAUGCCAAACACUGUAACAACCAUGCUGGCUGGAAAAAAUUUAAAGACUUGCGUAAACUCGUAAAGAAAAAUCUCGCUAAGGCACACAGCGAGUAUGUGUCCCAGCUCUUAACAGUCCCAAAGGGUAGUGAAACAGCGAACCAUACCAUAACCAAACGGUUCUGGACGUACAUCAAGUCCAAAAAGACCCAUGAUGUUGGUGUUGCUCCCCUACGCGAUGAUAAGGGUGAAUUUAAGUCAGUGACAGUCUUGGUAAGGCACGUGCUCUGAGUUCACAGUUCCAGUCCGUUUUUACUCAUGAAAAUAAUAGUUCUAUACCUACACUUGGACCAAGUCCUUAUCCGACUAUACCGUCUACUUUAAUAUCUAUAGACGGUGUUAUCAAACUACUUCAAAAUGUUAACCCGAAGAAAGCUAAUGGCCCUGAUUUAAUCCCCUGUAAAAUUUUACAAGAAGCUGCCCAUGAAAUCGCCCCAGCUCUGACGUUCUUGUUCACACAACCUUUAGAGACCGGUACUCUCCCGAAUGACUGGCUCAGUGCAAAUGUGACCCCAGUGUUCAAAAAGGGAAAUAAGAAUAUCCCUUCCAACUACCGUCCUAUUUCACUGACUGCUGUGCCUUGUUAAAUACUUGAGCACAUUAUUUUCCAUGACAUAAUGAAUCAUCUUGACACCCAUAAUAUCCUCGUCAAGUUCCAACAUGGUUUUCGCAGGUUCUUUUCCUGUGAAACGCAAUUAAUAACCACCCUAGAGGAUGUGGGGAAAGCUCUAGAUCUCGGCAGACAAACUGAUCUGAUCAUCAUGGAUUUUAGUAAAGCCUUUGAUAUUGUUCCCCACCAGCGGCUUAUUUCCAAGCUGGAUUUUUAUGGAAUUCGGGGUCUCCUAAAGACCUGGCUUACAACCUGGUUAACACAUAGGGAACAAUCCGUUCUUGUUGAUGGAGUCUCAUCUGCCCCUAUAAGUGUGUCAUCUGGUGUGCCCCAGGGGACCGUUCUCGGCCCACUGAUGUUUUACUCUACAUAAAUGACAUCGGCAAUGAUUGUAAAUCUUCUACCAUAAGAUUGUUUGCUGAUGAUACUCUUUUAUACAGUGUCAUCGAGGCAACUUCUGAUGCACAUCAGCUCCAGUCUGAUCUUACCUCCAUCGAGAAAUGGGCAGAGAAAUGGCUCAUGUCCUUUAACCCAACAAAAUGUUUUGUCAUGAGAGUCACGAGAAAUAGGGAACCUAUAGUAUUUAACUACACAUUGAUGAACCACAUCCUAAAACCAGUUGAACACCAUCCAUACCUAGGCGUCGAGCUCUCGAACACACUUGACUGGAGCUGGCAUAUAAACAACAAAGUGUCCAAAGCCAACCAGACCUUAGGUUUUCUUAGGCGCAACCUAAGCAAUUGCCCAGAGAACAUUAAGGAAGCUGCUUAUAAAUCGCUCGUUCUUCCACACUUAGAGUAUGCCAGCUCUGCCUGGGAUCCAUGGUUAAAGAAACACGUCAAACAGAUUGAGAAGGUUCAAAGGAGGGCGGGUCGUUUUGUUAAAAAAUGCUGGGAUAGGACUCCUGGCACAGUCACAAACAUCCUAAACGAUUUGGAGUGGCCCCCUCUCUCUAAAAGGCGCCAGGAUGCCAGGCUUAUAUUAUUUUACAAGGCUGUUAACAAAAAAUCAGCACUUGAGAUACCAGACAAUAUUGAUAGACGCACCCGCCAAUUACGCAGCUCUCAUCCAGAUAAAUUUAUCGAGUUAUGUCCAAAAACAGAAGCUUAUAAGAACUUGUUUUUCUGUAGGACAAUAAAAGAAUGGAACAAGCUGCCCCGCCUUACCCUGGAUUCCACUAGUGCAGAUAUUUUUAGAGAACGAAUAAAA